AUGUCAGAUAGGCACACUUACUUUUAUCUAUUCCAUCAGUCUAACGCCACCUGCCCUAAUGCCACCUACUCUUUGGAUACAUUCCAUUGCUGGCAACAAUCGCUUCUUGUUGCCGACGGACUACAUGCAGUCACCGUCUCACUAGCUUCAUUAGUAGAAGAGCUUACGUGGGACAAUAAUUCUGUAUUGAGUAUUGGAGCGACUUUGCUCAUGGAACACUUGCAGAUAGCAUCCCUGGAACAACACUUGAGGAAGAACUGCAAGGAUGGAGAGAGAGAAGCGGUUGAAGCCUUCCUACGUUUAGGAGGCCAGACAGUAUGCGACAAUACAAGGAAUAUCCUCGCCCAACAAGGGUAUCUCACCUCCCCUCCCCCAGAUUUGUUGUCCCUACCAGCCAUAAUGGGACACACAUUUCCAGGGCGCCACCCCCCACACUCGCCGCCGCUGCCUCCACCAGCAUCUUGCCCAUCAUUGCCAGGUCUUGUUCUACCCGUGCCCGCUCCACCAUCCCCAGCACGUUCCUCCAUAACCAACUCAAUAGUCCCCGCAGCCAAUGCAGUCAAAGAAUUGCAGGACAUAGCAAUUCCUAUGCGACCAGUGACACCCCUCCCCCAACUCCCUCAACCCCGUCGCAACUGCCAACUAUGCCACCAGCGCCCAGAGCCGGUACUCCUUAUCCCUUUGGGUUGCACUCCCUGUGUGUAG